GCAGCAGCCAGGGGCGGAAACGAAACUACUGCUUUCUCGCCUUACCGGUAGUCUAGCACACUCAUACAUCCUUCCGAGUCUCUCCGUGUCCAGCUCUAUCUCAGGCGGUCAGCGGCCACGCACAUGCAGCUCCUGUCAAAGUGGCCAUAUCAUUAUUAUUCUCUCCUUAUUACUCCUAUAGUUGAUUGUCCGGAGAGCUUGGUGUCAUAAUAAAGCCUCACCAUGGAUCAGCAACAACCCCACCACCAUCAGCAGCAACAGCAGCAGCAGCGACGAUUCCCCACCGCUCGUAGUGUCAGUCCGGAGCUACCCCAGGAAUCAAUUCAAUCAUUUAGUAGCAACUACACGCCUCGACCUCCUGCUACCAACUUUCGCUCCCAACGGAUAACAAGUCCAUUAUCCUCAGCCUCUUAUAUUAGCGGUGCCGCUCCUCCUCUGUUACUCCAACCUCCUACGGCCGCAACAGGCUUCUUCCCUUCUGGUACUACUACUACGACUACCAGCAUGGAUGUGGAGAUGGACCAAAAGCUACCCCCUUCUUCCGCCGCUGCACCAGCUGCCGAUCUUCCCCUGGCAACAGCGCAAAAGAAACAAGCCAUUGGUAGCAUCCCCAUGCUACCCAGCUUUCACAUUAAAGAACGCACUGCGAUUCAGAUUCCCGAGUCGACCCUCUCCUCCAGUCUCUUGUUGGACCGUAUUCUGGAAUACCUCCGACUCCACUCCAUUUCGUAUGAGUGCGAGCCCAACACGGGAUGUCUCGAAUGUCAGGCUUCCACGGAUGAUGUCGUGGGAUUUGGCAUUCAACUCUGGAGGGCACACGAAAACGGCCAGAAAGUCUUUUGGCUGGAAGCCUCACGACGAGACGGAUGUUCCAUUGCCAUGAAUGCCAUUCGACGCAGUUUAAUUCGUCAUGUCCGGGGGGAGCAGCAGCAAGAUAACAGCAUGAACCCAGCAGCACCAUCCGCUGCUUCGUUGUUGGGACGACGAUCCCACAAUGACUUGGUGGGUAGUGCGGCUUCGUCUCCCGUCAACAAUCCUGCCUGCCCAAUGAGUCGAAACAAGCGUCAACGAAGUCUCUCUCCUCAUCGAGCUCGAUUGAAUUGUCAAGAUGCGCUUUCCAUUAGUCUCCGUCUUUUGAACAGUACAUCGCCCGAUCAAAACGAGUUGGGUCUCCAGAGCUUGACCGUCAUUACUGAUCCUCGAUUGGUAGAUCCCACCGAUGCCGCAUUUGCCGCUCGCGUUGUUAUCCUCGGAGAAGGAACCAUGGGGGUCCCACUCCAGUUCUUCUUGACGCGGAUUCUACAGGCCGUUCACCCCAAAAAGGCCCAUCAGCAGUGGCCUGCCGCUGCCGCCAAGUUGUAUCAUUUGACCUUGCACGUGUUGGCGAAUGCCUUGCAAGUCUUGGAAGACAAUGACAACAAUCAUCCCAUCAAUUUGGCCUGCCCACUCUGGCAGGUCGUUAUGGAAUGUUUGCUCUUUAGCAUGGACCAUGCCGACAAGCAUCCUCAUGAAGCGACGCUCGCAGUCAAGUGCAUUCGCCAUUUGCUACCCGCCACCAAACGAGCCGUCGCCUUUGCGCAGCAUUCCCAGCAACUUAAUUUGAGUGCUAUGCAGGCAUCCAGUACACGAGCCUUGCAAUUUGGUAAAACGCAUCACAAGGCCUUGGAACAAGAGUCGCAACGCCUCUUGUUGAAGCUUUAAUAAUAGUAGUCUUGCUACCGCUGCUUUUAAGACUAAUUCAACUAACUAAGCAAUCGAAUUAAAACAAACGAAUCGAACGAAACUU